AUGGAUACUAAUCUACUUUCGCAUGGACCAAGUGAGUGUGUAUUGAACACAGUGGAAGCAUGUGCAAUAUACGUCUGGCCUAGUCUGGAUAAGCAUUUCAAGUUCAUUAAUUGUGUGGAGACCCUUGUUUAUAAAGGCCAACAAUCUGAAUGGAGAUCUUGUUUCCCUAAAUUGGGGUACGAGGAGAAACCUAUCAAGGAUUGCUAUAAUAGUGGGUUGGGAAAAAAGCUUGACAUAGGAUAUGCAAAGGUUACAAAUGAUCUGAAACCCCCUCAUAGAUAUGUUCCAUGGGUGACUGUCAAUGAUGUACCACUUUAUGAUGAGUAUGAGAACUUCCAAACUUAUAUAUGCAACGCCUACAAAGGUACUCCACCCACAGCUUGUCAAGGAAAACCAGUUGAGUUCAGCACUAAAGCAAAAUCAAACCAACUGGUCGAAGUUACCUACAUGGAUGAAACAUUUUCAGCCACUAAAAUCAUGUCUGCGGUAACUAAAGGGAGGCGCCAAAUGAAGUUCUGAAUUUCCAAAUGGUCUCAAUUACCCAGAAGAUUGGUAAUUUUAAGGCAGUUUGCUUGUGAUAUUGCUGGUUUGUAGCCUGGUGGUGUAUCCAUCUGCAUAAGUUUCUCUUGCUAGAUUUGCAUUUUCCUUUUAGAAUUCAGUUUUUAUUUUUAUUUUGUUUAAGACUUGAAGAGUUAGUAAAAUUCUUGCAAGCUACUACUCUUUGGUCAUGUACGAAUCUAAACUAUUUCCCGAUUAGAGGCCAUUAUUCUCA